UGUUUAGACUCAGCUCAGGAGGAGGAGGAGGGGCAGACAGGACUAGUUCCUACAAGACCCUGAGAGGUGGAAGAGAGAGAGAGGAAGAAAGAAGGAAAAGUUCAAGUUUUGGUGCCUUCAUCGUAGAAAGCCUUGUGGAUUAAACAGGGAAGUACUGAGGAAAAGGAGACAUACAGAAAACAUGUAGAGAGAGAAAGUGAGCAAGACAGAUAGGAUCAGGAUUCGGCCAUGCCGUCAGUGUUUAGUUGGCUGGAUAAGGUGCCAGAAAUCAUCAGCACUAUCAGGCAGGCCAGUAAAAGCUCUGCCCGCCUGGAGGAGACACCCACAGCCAAGUCUACUGACAGUUACCAGGACAGCAGUCGCCAUGACGCCCCCUGCUCCAUGCCGGCCGGCGCUGACGCGGCGACAGCCUUCGCUAAAAAGUUCGAGGUGCUUUUCUGUGGGAGGGUGGUGGUGGCCCAUAAGAACGCGCCUCCGGCCCUGAUAGACGAGUGCAUAGAGAAGUUCGGCCGAGCCAGCGUGACAGGCUCACUGGCCGCAGGCAUCAGACGGGCUUUCUCACUCACGCAGGUGAUGAACGGAGGGAGCGAAGUUGGGGAGGCAGGAGGGAAGAAGCCUCUGUUUUUCCGGAGGGACCCCAGUUUCCCCUGUCUGCAGGCGCUAGAUGAGAACGGCCUCUCUCCUGAGCUGCAGCGCAGAUCUGCUAACGGAGCUGCUGGAGUCCAGCCUACAAGCCUGCAGGAAAACAGGACCAUGCUGUUUACAAUCGGGUACUCUCAGAUCUUCUUGGUGAGUCCAGACAGUAAGAAAGUGGCUAUUGAGAAGAGCUUCAGAGAAAUCUCCUUCUGCUCACAGGGUAUAAGGCAUGUAGAUCAUUUUGGUUUUAUCUGCAGAGAGUCGGUGGACAGCGGGAGCUGCCAGUUUGUUUGCUAUGUGUUUCAGUGCACCAACGAGGCUCUGGUGGACGAGAUUAUGCUGACGCUGAAGCAGGCGUUCUCCGUGGCCGCACAGCAGCGGAGCAGCAGGACCCAGAGCCUGCAGUGUGACACCUGCCCCAUGCAGCAGCUCCACAGGCUGUGUGAUCGGAUUGAGGGUCUCCCUGCGUCCAAAGCUAAGCUGGAAUUGCAGAAGCACGUGGCUGGUCUGGAUAAUCAAGAGCAGGCCUCUGUGUUUGAGACCACCCUGAAAGCUAGGCCGAAGUCUGAUCAGGAGGAGAAUGAGCUGAUAGUGUCGUGUUUACGACGACUGUACGAAGAAAGACAGAAGGCACACACGCACACACAUAACGGACAAGCAAAACAGGAAUCUCCAGCAGUGGGUGAGGAAGUAAGUGCAGGUGCUGAGGGCAGCAUGAGCAGCAGCCGUCUGCGACUGGAGCAGCUGAAAAGUCGAGCCAAAAGAUCACUCACUGAGUCACUGGAGGGCAUAUGGAAGAGCAACAGCCGGUCAAAGCCACAGAGAGAGAACAGUGAAGGAGACAGCACCUCCUCAAACUCAACUAUCAACAGCAGUCAUCAGGAUGUCCUGUUGGUGGAGCCUCCUUCCCCACCCCUCCUCAUCUCCAGCCCACUCCGUUCCCAUAAUUCCACAGGGGACCUGAAGCGUCUGGAGGCCGGGGAGAACAGUCCUGACCCCCAGGCUCAAGGUUUCAGGAGGAGAGCGAGCACUAUCAGUCACUCUCCAUCUCUCUCAGUGUCCAGCCUGACUGUUCCCACCGAACGGCCCACAGCUGCCACCAAACCCAAACUCGUACGACACUACUCUGUCAGCACUGACUCGCCGCAUCAGAGCAAGCCGUCUCGUGUUGACGAUGCACGCUGCCCUCCCUCUGCUUCUUCCUCUCACCUCUCCUCCUCUUCCUCUCCUAUGUGCUCGAGGCUGAUCAAGCCAAGAGUUCUGGCCAUAGAGCAGCUCACGAGACCCCACAAACGAAGUCCAUCAGGGCUGAGUGGACUGAGGGCCAGGCUAUACUCCUCUUCCUCUGUUCCAAACUUCCUCAAGUUUCUGGCCCCUGUAGAGGAGCAUGAUGACUCCUCCCUCUCUCUGAGAAAGAGUGAUGUCGCAGCCCUGUCAAGUCCUGGAGCGAUGUGUGUGGUGGGGGAGGACAGUCCACUACGCAAUCGCAGACACUCGUGGAGACAGCAGAUCUUCCUCAGAGUUGCAACGCCACAGAAGGGCUCUGAUACAGCAGAAAGAGGAGAAGCUUCUCUGGAGGUUGGAGGUAGACUGGCGAUUGGAGGUGGAGGUGGUGGCGGGGACUGUCCUCUGGGGGCGGUGCCAGAGGAGAGGAGGAAAAGGAGCGGGGCCGAGCUGCGAGAAUUGUGGCGGAAAGCCAUCCUCCAGCAGAUCUUACUUCUGAGAAUGGAGAGAGAGAACCAGAAACUACAGGCCUCAGAGAGCGAUCUGCAGAGCAGGCGGCUGAAGCUGGACUAUGAGGAGAUCACACCAUGUUUGAAAGAUGUUACGCUGGUGUGGGAGAAAAUGCUUAGCACCGCAGGGAGGUCGAAGGUCAAAUUCGAUACAGAGAAGAUACACACAGCCGUUGGACAAGGUGUUCCUCGGCAGCACCGAGGUGAAAUCUGGAAGUUUCUUUCUGAGCAGUAUCUACUGAGGCAGCCAAUACUUACCAACAAACCCCCCAAUAAUGACACACCUUACAAAGAGCUACUGAAACAACUCACCUCACAACAGCAUGCCAUCCUCAUAGACCUGGGCCGCACCUUCCCCACUCACCCUUAUUUCAGUGCUCAGCUGGGUGCGGGUCAGCUCUCUCUGUAUAACCUGCUGAAGGCGUACUCUCUGCUGGACCCAGAGGUGGGCUACUGUCAGGGUCUGAGCUUCGUGGCUGGAGUGCUGCUGCUACACAUGAGCGAGGAGGACGCCUUCAGCAUGCUCAAAUUCCUCAUGUACGACAUGGGCCUGCGGAAACAAUACCGACCCGACAUGAUCAUUCUACAGAUCCAGAUGUAUCAGUUGUCUCGUCUAUUGCACGACUACCACAGGGAGUUGUAUACUCAUCUGGAGCAGUAUGAGAUUGGGCCGAGUCUUUACGCUGCUCCUUGGUUCCUCACCGCCUUCGCCUCACACUUCCCUCUGGGUUUUGUGGCCAGAGUUUUCGAUAUGCUGUUCCUGCAGGGGUCAGAGGUCAUCUUCAAAGUGGCGCUGAGCCUUCUGGGUAGCCACAAGCCGCUCAUUCUGCAGCACGACAAUCUGGAGUCCAUAGUGGAUUUCAUCAAAACCACUCUGCCCAACCUGGGACUGGUACAGAUGGAGAAGACAAUCAAUCAGGUCUUCGAGAUGGACAUCAGUAAGCAGCUGCAGGCCUACGAAGUGGAGUACCACGUGCUUCAGGAUGAGCUGUUAGACGGUCCUUCCACUCUCAGCCAAUCACAGCGCGCUGCCCAGCUGGAGAAGACCAAUGGCAGCCUUCGCCAGCAGAACCUAGACCUGCUGGAGGAAGUACAGGUGGCCCAUGCUAGGAUCCGCUAUCUGGAGUCUCGGGUGGAAGGUUUGGCUACCAGUGAGGCAGAGCUGCGCCUGGAGGUCAGUUCCCUCCAGCAGGAGCGGACAGAGUUACAGCAGACUGUAGCCCAUCUCCAGACUCUCCUGGCCAGCCACGGUAUCCAGUACACCUCCAGCCCUCCAGAGGAGAACCAGCCUGUUUCAACCGGCACCAAGUGAUCUGUGCCAUUCUAAUACACAUGUCCACUUGCUGACUUUACCACUUGUCUGCUUGGGAAAGCACUGACGGGUGACGUAGUGAGAAGCCACUCCUGCCCUGCAGAGCAAAGCCUUGUAAAGGAGUGUUGUACUGACCAGUUGUGCUGCCGAUACACCCUCGCCUCCUGAGCCGGGGAUUUGUUUGCAGGAGUGACGAGGGAGUUGCUAAAGACUCAUCAGUAAGAGCCAUUUAGAUUAAGGGCUGAUGUUAAGGAAGUGAAGGGCUUCACCUCAGGAGUUUAGUUGGAGAACUAGAGUGAAGAUCAAACCCAGAGGGAGAGGGUGAGGCUUUUACUCAGACUAGAAGCUUUUAUUCUGGACAUGGUGGUGGCCUCCUCUUUUGCUCUGGAGAUUAAGUGCCUAAAGGGCAAAGGGCAAUUUAACAGAGACACAUUUUUCCUUUUCCGCUUGUUCACUCCUUCCAUCUUCAUCAUGGAGGUGUUGGCCUCACAGCACUGAUGCAGUGUUGCUGGAGUUAUUUUAAUUUUAUGUUUCUGAUGAUACAUCUGACCAACGCUGCACUGGGUCAGCACUGAUCGGCCUGGCGACAGGCUCAGAACAAUUGCACACGCUUUGAGCGUCUGUGUACACCCGUUUCCGUGUGCAUGUUUCUAUGUACGUCUGUGUUUCUGAUUCACCCCAUUUAACGUAAAGCACUGCUGUAUUCUACUGUACUGUAAACUUAGUUAUUAGCUUCGAUCAAAGAGCUGAAUAAGAUCUCCAGUCAUAAAUUUGCUUUUGUAGAUCUGUUCAUCUGCUGUUGUUUUACAGACACCAAAGAGGUUCUCCUGAUUUUUUUGUACCAAAAAUACCAAUUAAACUGUCUUGUCUAGACACUGAAUCCAUAUGUGAUUUUAUACUACAUUACCCAUGUCUUCAGAUACCCAGUGCAAACUAAAUAACACCUGUAAUGCACCUCAUCAGACACUAAAUCUCUGUGUGGAUUUAGAAUGUAUUACUUAUAGCCACAUGACUUCAUGCAACAGUGAGUAAAACAAGUAUUCAGACACUUUUGUUUUUGUUGUUUAAUAUACUUCCAGUGCAUGUAUCUGGUUGAAAAUAACCUGUCUUUUGAAUGUAUUCUUAUAAAUUUGAAGAAAAAUGUCUUCAUAAGCUGAAAGAAAGAUGUUUUCAGAGUAUUCAGACAUCACAAAGCAAUAAUAUUAGUCCUUUGUUGCAAAGCUGGUGUCGACAAUUACAGCUUCAAGACGUUAAAAAGUAUUUAGCAUUUUGUAAUGUGACUUUUGUAAGAAGUAAUGCUUUUUGCAGCAUUGUAGUUCAGUUGUAAUCAAUGCCUUUUGACAAACUGUCUUCAAUUCCCCUAUGUUAGGGUCCCUCUGAUGGAUUCGCAAUUUGAAAAUCCUCCAUCAUUUUUUCAGCGGGAUCAGACAAGAGAUUGGCAAGGCCAUACAAGCACCUUCACUGCCUUUUUUUAGAAACCAGUCUUGAGUUAUUUGUUUUGAAAUAUCCAUCUUCAUCCUAGAUUCAGUUUUUUGCCUGGUGAGAUUCAGUUCCCCUCUAGUAUGUCUUUACAUAGCUCCAUUCAUGUUUCCUUUGGUGACAUAUAAUGCUCCAGUACCGUCUGCAGUGAAGCAGCCCAUAUAAUGAUGGACCCGCCUUCAUACUUUACUGUGGGUGUGAUGUUCUUAGGAUCAUAUGCAGAGGCGUUGGACUGCGGGUAAUGAUGGACCUGACUAACCUGGGUCCUCCCUGAAUGGGGGGCCUUCCAAAAGCCUCAGAAAUAAAUUGAUUUGGGUUUCUAAUUUUGAUACUCUUUAUUAUAUAAAUAAAUAACACGCAACUGCAUUUUCCACGGUCAUCUUUCAAUUUCUGCUUAUCUUAAUCUUGUAUAACAGCACUAAUUAAAAUAUUUAAUCUUUUUUAUGCUUGUACUAUAUAAAUAUUAUUUUGGCUCAUAUUUGUAAGUGCAAAGUCAGAAAAUAUUGUGUGUACAUUUGAAAUGGAUAUAUGCACUGGACAUAUAUCAAAUAAUGAAAGACCAAAGUGAAUACCUUUUUCCCUCACUGUAGUGGCGCGGUAGCAUCAUCUGCUAUACAGUCAAGCAAUCAAAUAGUGCGAAAACUUCAAAA